CAAACCGACGAACAAAUCAAGAAUACAAUCACCUCCUUCUGUGUAAGUUUCAAUGUAGAAAGUGGAGCAGUGUGCAAUGGUCUUUCAAAUCUUUUCGGGCUGGAAAUAAUCUACAUUUUAAAGCAUGUCAGCAUGGGGACCGGACAAAUUUGUGGUUUCAUUAUGGACGAUGUUUGCCCAGAUGAUUACAGCCCUUACCACGACUGGACUGUUAAAUUCCCUCCAGUCCCGAAACCAACUCCACGCGAUAUGCCGCUACCAAUAGCAAAAACUCCUCGUUUAAAAGUUCUACAUUUAUCAGAUAUUCACUACGAUCCUGAUUAUCUUGAAGGCGCAAACGCCAAAUGCAAAGACCCAUUAUGUUGUAGAGCCAGUAGUGGACACCCUCAGAACCCUAAUGAUGCGGCCGGGAAGUGGGGAGAUUAUCGCAAUUGUGACACUCCCAAGCGAACACUCGAAAACCUUCUGGAACACAUCGUAAAAACGCAUCCCGAUAUCGAUUACAUUUAUUGGACAGGAGAUAUUCCGCCGCAUGAUGUUUGGAAUCAGACUAAACAAAAUAAUCUGAAUAUCAUUAGGGAAACUACCAGGCUCUUUGCCAACACUUUUCCUGGCAUUCCAAUAUUUCCAGCUCUAGGUAAUCAUGAAAGUUCUCCAGUGAAUACAUUUCCACCACACUAUUUGGAUAGGGUGAAUAUAUCAAUGUCGUGGCUAUACGACGAGCUAGAUAUUUUAUGGGGACUUUGGCUCCCAUUCAAUGUUUCACAAACUGUCCGGCGCGGAGCAUUCUAUUCAAUUUUAGUGAAGCCUGACUUCCGAAUCAUAUCCUUGAAUAUGAAUUACUGCAGCAAUAAAAACUGGUGGCUCCUUCUAAAUUCAACUGAUCCUGAUGCCGAGCUUCAAUGGCUCAUUGAUGAACUUCAAAAAGCUGAGAACGCGCAAGAGAAGGUUCAUAUUCUUGGACAUAUUGCACCAGGGAAUUCAGAUUGCCUAAAAGUUUGGUCGCGUAAUUUUUACAAAAUUGUUGGCCGUUACGAGAGUACAAUUACUGCUCAGUUUUAUGGGCACACACAUUAUGAUGAGUUGGAAAUAUUUUAUGAUCCAGAGAAUUUAACACGUCCCAUAAGCGUAGGAUAUAUCGGGCCAUCCGUCACUCCGUUCGUCAACUUGAAUCCGGGAUAUCGGAUUUACUACAUCGACGGCGACCACAAUAAAACCACACGGACAGUUCUGGACCACGAAUCGUGGAUAAUGAACUUGAAACAGGCGAACACCGACGACAACCCUAUCUGGUAUAAAUUGUAUUCAGCAAAAUCCGCAUACGACAUGGAAGGCCUCAGACCUUCUGACUGGAAUAAAUUAAUAAACGAAAUGACAAACAGUACCAAAUUAUUCGAUUUGUAUUAUAAGUAA